GAGCUGCUAGGAGAAGGGAUUUUUGCUACGGUGCUGUAGGAUUGAACAGCUGUUCCGUGCAAGACUAUGUCCGUGAGUCAAGAGGAAGAACUUUUCAACGUGCAUAUUCGCAUCGAACAGAAUGAACACGGAAGAUGACAAGCCCGUUCAAAGCGAAGCGAUGUUUGCAGAGAAAACACACAUCAAAUUUCGAGGUCCUAGCAAGGCGUCAGGACUGCAGGGGAGUCGUAUAGAAACUGUCAAUUUUCAACCGAGUCGUCCUGCAACUCCUAAGCUGUCAGUUAAACAGGACACUGCAAAAAAACACGCAGGGAUAUCGCUGGGUCAAUUUUUGAAAACAGAACUUACACGUGGCUAUCAAUUGGAACAUGACGAAGAACGAUACUCCGCCAGACGCGAGAAAAUCUAUUCAUUUAUGAAGAUACCAAGGGAACUUGAGAAGUUCAUGGCUUAUGGGUUUUUCCAAUGUGCAGAUUCAUUCCUGUUUGUUUACACUUUCCUGCCCCUGAGAUUUGUCAUGGCUCUUUGGGCGGUAGUGACAAGGCCAUUGAUGCGCUGUUUAAGAGGUAAAAAAAUGAACGGCAAAAAAGGAGAGAGGUUAUUGAGGCCGGCAGAGGUUUGUGAUCUUCUGAAAGGAGUCGUUGUUGUUGCAUGUUGGGCUGCAACCUGGCGAGUAGACACUUCCAUGAUGUAUCAUCUUGUAAAAAGCCAGUCCGUUAUCAAGCUUUAUAUCUUUUACAACAUGCUAGAAGUUGGCGAUCGGCUAUUCAGCGCCUUUGGACAAGAUACAAUCGACGCCUUGUUAUGGACAGCCACGGAACCACGCACUCGUUCUCAUUCGAACCACACUCGCCAUCUUGGAACACUGCCUCACCUUCUUUUUGCUUUUGCCUAUGUCUUGCUGCACAGCAUUUUGGUGCUUUUCCAGGCGACGACUCUUAAUGUGGCAAUAAAUAGUAACAAUAAGGGUUUGCUAACCAUCAUGAUGUCAAACAAUUUCGUUGAACUAAAGGGAUCAGUCUUCAAAAAGUUUGAUAAGAACAACUUAUUUCAAGUAUCUUGUAGCGAUGUAAGAGAGCGAUUUCAUCUGGCUGUCCUCCUCCUCGCCGUAUGCUUGCAAACUAUGAAGGAAUAUUCUUGGAAAGCCGAUCGUCUUGUCAUUCUUCUUCCUGAUUGUAUACUUGUACUUGUGGCAGAAGUUCUUGUUGAUUGGGUAAAGCACGCAUUCAUCACCCGUUUCAACGAGCUUCGUUCAACCGUGUAUAGGGACUACACGGUUAGCCUGGCUUAUGAUAUGGCGCAAACACGGCAGGAGACGGCAUUUUCAGACCAAUCGGACCUGGUCGCCCGUCGAAUGGGUUUUAUACCGCUUCCUCUCGGCGUUGCAAUGGCUCGUGUUCUGUGCACGACUUUAACUCCUACCGCCAGACCAGCAAAUUUGAUUCUCUUUAUUAUGGCAUACCUUGUUCUUAUAUCGUUUCGGGUUCUGAAUAGUUUGGUAAUAUUGGGAAAAGCAUGUGACCUGAUCGCGUCGCACGCAGAUUCGAAUACCACCGAAUCAAGUCCAACUCCUGUCUCUCGGGAGGCAGAUUUUAAUAACAUUGAUACGACCAAGCCGACAUCCGCAAUGGCUAUUUUUUCUAAUAGUGCAGUAAGCCUGAAUAAUGUGUGUUUGAAUGAGGCCCUUUUAAAGUCAGAGAAGUGUACAAAGUCAGAAAUUUCUGAGCAGAGUCCAGCUGCAGCUGUUUCAUCGGGUAAAAGCGUUGUGAGAGCAGGUAGUGAGCCGCUUCUUCCCCAAUGAAGUAAAAUUUUAACAUGAAGAUUUCAUACCUAAUUUUAUUUUAAUGUACAUAAUGUAGCGUGGUAUAUGCCGUGAAUAUCCAAUGAAGCAGACCCAAUAUCCGUAUGGUGCGGGUCACCUAUAGCGGUUAGCCCAAGGGACAAAAUCACCUUGAGUAGCCUUCAGGGAUCCGCUUCAAAAAAUAUUCACGGUAUGCAGAUAUGUAUGUAUAUAAGCUAUAAAUAUUAUAUGUGUAUGUAUGCAG